GGCCCCCGCAGAGCCGCCGGCCCGGCCAUGUGCCGACAGGGGUGGCUGCUGCCGGCUGCCUGCUCCGCUGCCGCCCGCCUCCUCCUCAGCCUCCUUCCUGCCGCUUAUUUUUAAUAUAUUAUUUUUUAAUCGUUAUUUCAUUUUUAAGAUUAUUUUUUAAUGGUUUUUUUUUUUUUAGAAACGUUUAUUUUGGUAUUGAUGCUCUCCGAGCCGGAGACUUCGGGAGACGCGGUCCUCACCUGAGCGAGCCGGCCCCAUUCAUUCCCCCGUGUGAAGGCUGUUAAUGGAGAAGAGGGCGGAUGACAGCCGGGACCGUGGUCAUCACAGGUGGAAUUUUAGCGACUGUCAUUUUACUCUGUAUCAUCGCCGUCCUCUGCUACUGUAGGCUCCAGUACUACUGCUGCAAGAAGGAUGAAUCCGAGGAGGACGAGGAGGAGCCCGACUUCGCCGUGCACUCGCACAUCCCUCCGCUGCACUGCAACCGCAACGUAGUGCUGACCAACGGCCCCUCGCUCUACUCCUCAUCCCCCUUCGCCAAAAAACAAGCCCAGAGCCGGCCCAGCUGCCCCAGCUGCACUCCCUACGAGCCCCCAACCUCCUUCCUCCAAGAACCCCCCACCUCCUUCCUCCAGGAGACCCCCACAUCCUUCCUCCAAGAGCCCCCAACCUCCUUCCUCCAAGAAACCCCAACCUCCUUCCUCCAAGAGCCCACCACAUCUUUCCUCCAGGAGCCCACUGCAUCUUUCCUCCAGGAGCCCCCCAGCUCCUUCCUGCAGGAGCCCCCCACCUUCUUCCUGCAGGAGCCCCCCGAGGAUCUGCACAACGGGGGGGACAGGGUGAGCUACAAGACGGUGAGCCAGGAGGAUCUGGCGCUGCCCGUGUCCAACCUGCAGGCGCUCAACCCCAACCGGCUCUCGGCCAUGCGGGAGGCGUUCUCCCGCAGCCGCAGCAUCAGCACCGAUGUGUGAGGUGCCACCCGCCCACCCAGCCCCGAGGGCUUUGGACAGCAGCGGGGAGGACUGGUUGGAGUCCGUGGAAGAGUUUUGAAUAGGGGAAAAACAAAAGAAAACAAAAAAAUAUGAAGUGAAAAAGCAAGUGAAUGUAUUUCGGGCUGGCGGUAUAAAGGGGGAGCAGAGCAAACUCAAGUGAGGAGUGUGGGAGUGCAGCUGGAAUGAGAGGUUUCCCAGCUCUGCAGAGUUUGCUUUUUUCUUUUAUAAAGAGGAUUUUGAUAUUGAGCAUCCUUUUCUAUGGAGGAGUUGCCCCUCCUCACCGUUUGGCCAGGGGUGAUGAGCGGAUGAUGGGGCUCAUGGGUGGCUGAAAACGGCUGAAAACGUGCUGCAGGUCAGCAGCAGCUGCUGGCAGGACCUGGGAGCCCCAGGAUACACUCAGCCACCCCAAAAUGUCACUGCCCACCCUUCUGCCAGCCUGUGCUGUGCUGCUCCCUGCUGCAUCCAUGGGGAUGGCUGUGGCUGUGAGCCCUGCGCCAUCCCCAGCCCAUCCCACUGCCCCAGCCAGGCAUUAGUCCCAGGUGCCAGGCAUUAAUCCCGGGUGCCAGGCACAAUCCCAGGUGCCAGGCACAGUCCCCUCAGGGUUAGGAUGGCGGCUGGGCCUGUCCCUGGAGCCCCCCAGGGUGGCCUCAAGGACGCCCUGAAGGAGCUGGGCUGGGGAUGUAAAACCUCUGCAUUACUCAGUGAUGGAAAUGACACACAGCACACCUUGGGAUGGAGGAAUAUCCCUGUGGAUAAUCUACAUCCCUGCUCCAAGUGAUGCCACACACAACUUCUGGCUGAGGGCUCCAUGGCACAGGGUCAUUGUGCAUGUGCCCAC